AGAGAGCACCUGUUACCUCUGGGUGGCCGCCAGCGCCCUCCUUGCCCUCUCUGGGACGCCGCUUGUCCCCCGCACCCCCUCGCUCCGUCUAUUUAUAGCGCUUGUCCUCACUGGCCCAUUUCGGGUAGUGUGAUCAGUCAGGUCUGCCCGGCUGCGCCCUCGCGACCCCGCGCCUUGCCCAGUCACCGCGCCGUGGCGGCGGAGCGAGCGGGCCGGGCAGCAUCGAGAAUGCUUCAUGGCAUCUCCAUUGAUUUGUGAGCAAUCAGAAAUGUAAAUAGCUCCUCAGGAAUCAAGCUAAGCCCAAAGAAGCCUCACUUACCAAUUUCAAGGAGUGCAUCAUGGAGAGCAAGACUGAGGGAAAGGGAAAACACCAGCACAGCUUGAACUUACUAGAUAAAAUUAAGACUAUGAAAGAAUUAGAAGAAAUGGUUGAUGUAGUGCUCAUAGCAGAAGAGGAGAAAUUUCCUUGCCACAGACUGGUCCUCGCUGCCUUCAGUCCUUACUUCAAGGCUAUGUUCACCUGCGGACUACUUGAGUGCACUCAGAAGGAGGUCAUACUCUAUGACAUCACAGCAGAAAGUGUGUCAGUGAUACUAAACUAUAUGUACAGUGCUGUUCUGGAGAUCAAUAAUGCCAACGUACAGACCGUAGCAAUGGCCGCCUAUUUUAUGCAGAUGGAAGAAGUCUUUAGUGUGUGCCAGAACUAUAUGAUGGACCACAUGGAUGCCUCCAACUGCAUAGGAAUUUAUUACUUUGCGAAACAAAUUGGAGCAGAAGAUUUAUCUGAUCAGUCAAAGAAGUAUUUAUAUCAGCACUUCGCUGAGGUAAGCCUUCACGGAGAAAUACUAGACAUCGAAGCUCACCAGCUUCUGGCACUUAUUAAGUCUGAUGAUCUGAAUAUAUCCAGGGAAGAGAGCAUUCUGGACUUGGUUCUGAGAUGGGUAAAUCAUAACCAAGCUUUGCGCACAGAGCAUCUGGUCGAGCUUUUGAAGCAAGUCAGAUUGGAACUUAUAAAUGCAUCCUUCCUAAGACAGGCCCUCAGGAGAAACACGAUGCUCCUUUGUGAUGGCAGUUGCAUUGAUAUGAUCCAGAAUGCAUUCAAAGCCAUCAAGACACCCCAGCAGCACUCCUCUAAUCUCCGCUAUGGCAUGGAGACCACCAGCCUUCUGCUUUGCAUUGGGAACAAUUCAUCUGGAAUCAGAUCACGGCACAGGAGCUAUGGGGAUGCCAGUUUUUGUUAUGACCCCGUGUCACAGAAGACCUAUUUUAUCUCAUCGCCCAAGUAUGGGGAAGGUUUGGGAACAGUGUGCACUGGGGUAGUCAUGGAAAACAAUACCAUAAUUGUGGCUGGAGAAGCAACUGCCACUAGGCUUUCUAGGCAAAAGAGCAAGAAUAUUGAAAUCUAUAGGUAUCAUGAUAGAGGAAACCGGUUUUGGGAAAAGUUAUGCACAGCCGAAUUCCGAGAGCUCUAUGCUCUGGGCAGCAUUCAUAAUGACCUCUAUGUCAUAGGAGGACAGAUGAAAGUUAAAAACCAGUACCUCAUUACAAACUGUGUUGAUAAGUACUCGGUAGAUCAAGACAACUGGAAACGAGUGUCUCCCCUUCCACUGCAGUUGGCUUGUCAUGCUGUGGUAUCAGUAAACAAUAAACUGUAUGUCAUCGGAGGCUGGACCCCUCAGAUGGAUCUUCCCGAUGAAGAGCCUGAUCGAUUAAGCAACAAACUGUUGCAGUAUGACCCCAGCCAAGAUCAAUGGAGAGAGCGCGCACCCAUGCAGUACUCUAAGUACCGAUUCAGUGCAGCCGUCGUCAACAGUGAGAUCUAUGUUCUGGGUGGAAUUGGCUGUCUGGGCCGAGACAAGGGACAAGUUCGGAAAUGCCUUGAUGUGGUGGAGAUCUACAACCCCGAUGGGGACUUCUGGAGGGAAGGCCCGCCUAUGCCAAGCCCCCUCCUCUCACUGAGAACCAAUUCCACCAGCGCGGGUGCCGUGGAUGGGAAGCUUUAUGUCUGCGGUGGAUUUCAUGGAGCAGAUCGCCAUGAGGUUAUCUCCAAAGAGAUUCUGGAGUUGGACCCUUGGGAGAACCAGUGGAACGUUGUGGCCGUCAAUGUCCUCAUGCACGACAGCUAUGACGUCUGCCUGGUAGCUAGGAUGAACCCCCGGGACCUCAUCCCACCACCCUCAGAUCUGACCGAGGAAGAUGGUGACCGCAGACAGCAGAGAUGAGGAACUCCAAGCGGAAGAGGCUACAGCUAGAGAAGUGAUGGCCUGGCAGCCAUGCUUGGGCUGCUCAGAAUGCAAACCGCAGCAUACUGUGUGACGCUGACGUUCUCACUGCAUGCAUAGCAGCCCCUGCAUAAAGCGGCACUGAGCAGCGGCAGGGGGAGGGGGUGCAGGGUCUUCCCUCAGGGGCAACCCAGACUGGUAAAGUAGAUAUAGGAGUGCAGGGCAAACAGUGAGGAUGCAUAGGGGUAGGACAGGGUGCAGAGGAGAGCAGCACCUUGCUCUGCUGGGGACUCAGGAAUAUGGCCAAGCAGUCCCAUAGGUGCUUUUGAUGCUGAGGUGGUGGGAAAGGACAAAGGUACUAAAGUAGGAAAGCAGGUGCGUGUCCGGGGAUCUAGUCCAGCCUGGCCACACCGCUUGCACACAGCAUUUGCCGCUGAAAGGUUAGACCUAGGUGACCAGUGCCUGAAAGAGGAAGGACAUAGGCCUGGGCCUGGGUGCAGAGCCAUCUCUCUUGGAGCUUUGCCCCAGCACAGUCUGUUAGAACCGCCCAAACUACAUACAGCAGCCGUGCCCACUGUGGCCCUGCCUGUGGCCAAAUGUUCAUGCCUGUUGCCAUGGGCCACCAUGAGCAGAGCAUUCCUAGACACAGAGGGUCCCACCUCUGGCUUAAUUCUGAGUGUAUAGACUGAGCUUGCCCAGGUCUUGACUCAGCUCUCAGCUAUACAGGACCUUCCUAGGGUGGGGCUGAACGCAGCAUGUCUAAACACGAGGACCCAAAGUAGGCUCUGAAUGAGGAGGGAAAAGGCAUAUUGGCUACCUGCUGCCUCCUUCAGAUCCCUGCCCUGGCUGGGAGGGGGAAUGGGAGGGGGAGCUUACCUCAGUCCAAGCAUGGUGCAGUGAGCUCUCCCCAGAUAUAUUAGGGGUAUGUGCAAUUACAUGUGGAAACCUAUCCGUUUUGCUUCCAUUCACAUGUCUGGACGCACAGCAGAUCAAUACGUGACUGUUCUCUAACGUCACUAGAGCUCCUAUGUAAGCAGUGUGGACACCCUGGGGUCUUCCAGGAGGCUGCCAGAUCUUGCAUGGAGACAGCUCUUUAUCAAUGCAUACUCUCCAAGUUCCAACCUCUCCCUGACAGGAAAAGGGAUGCUCAAUCAAACUGGAGCCACUGACAUCACAGUAUUCUGCCCCCUGUGCCCACACAGGUGUGCCCCCAGAAGGCUACACUCUCAGAGGCAGGGGCCACACCUGUCUCUCUAGGUUACCCCCUCAGUCCCUGUCGCAGUACCUAGCACACGAAUGGAGUGUUGGAUGACUGAAGUACACAGCAUUUCUAAGCCAGGAUCUUGGUCUCUGAGCUCGUCUGGGACUUGGAUUUCAAUGCCCUCAUUGUGCCCCCCAGUGGAGGGUGGUGAUCUGAGGGUUUCUUUUCUCAGGGCAAAUCAGAGCUGCCCCAGGCAGACUGGGCAGAAGCUCUAAAGGAAAGGUCUCUGUUCCCCUGAGUGCCCUUCCAGAAUCUCUGUUCCUGCUCACCCACCCAGCAUAUUAGAAGCCACUUGUCCCCUGAUCAUGGGCUGCAGUGUGUCUUCUGAAUGCACAGCCAGGACCAUGGGCAGAACUUUGCAAAUCUUACCUUCCUCAUAUGCAGAAUAGGAAGGGAAACGCCACAUUCUUUACAGAGUUGAUGAGUGGACUGAGUUGGAAAACACUGAAUGAAAUACUGUGUUAAACACAAACACCAUGAACAGGUUUUAACUGCCGGCCUGUGUUGCUGUCACCAUAAUCAGUCUUUCCUGGGACAAAGUACAAAACAGAACCUGGGACCUUAAGGAAUCUCAGAUCUCAGGGAGAGAUGUGGUAAUUUAAGGUGGUUUCUAAUGUCCCCUGUGCUUGGUUCCCUCGGCGGUGAAUCCCUUCAGUAAGUAGGACCUUGAGACCAUAAGCAGAUGCCUGGGAGGCAUCACAUGGUAGUGAAAGCCAUCCUGGGCUAGGACACUGCCGCCGUCUAUGCUAGGGAUUAUGGGAACUUUCCAGGGGAUGCUAGGGGGAGGACAAAGGAGAAUAGCUGGUCUCCCUGGAGCAGACACGCCCUAGAAAUGUUUCAGCACUGGAGGGGAGGCUGGAGCGGGGAGCAUUCUCAGGCCUAUUCCGGGCAGGUACAGCCAAGGUCUCAGACUUGAGUUCCCUUCUACAUCUAGAACCCAGAGUCCGGGCUCGCUGACUGUGGUGCUCCCUUUCAGCUCUGGUGCUUCUCAUCUGCCUUUCCUAUUUGUGAUUCAAACCAACCUGUACUGCCCUCCCGGAGAACUAUUGUUAGAGAUUCCUUUUGGACAGACCUCCCUGCCACCCCUUCACAGGCAUUGAAGGUGUUCUGACACUGCUGGGAAGGCCUCUUAGAAAUGUCUACUGUUGGGGCUUCUUAUCUUUGUGACUCAGGAUUGCUGGAUGCCUAGUGAGAAAACACAAUGGGGAAGUAAUUUGGAUGCUGGGCUGAUAAAGGGCUGCAGCUGUCAGCCACACUGACUCAGUUUGUGCCCAGCAAGAGGCGGCAUUGUUCUCUGGCUGACUUUAUAAUGAGGAAAUGCUCUGAGUGCGGACUUACAGAAUACAUUUUUGCUAAUGAACAA